AUGGUUGCUGCUCCAACUUGCCCGCAAGGGAAGAAGGACAACGAGCGCCACGCCCACAGGGGAGGAACUCCGAGACUGUGCCCAAUGAGAACUAUGACUGUUGCUGCUAGGCAGAAGCAAAGAAGAGAGAACGUUUCGGCAGCGAAGUUGCGAGUUAGGAAGAAGGCUCGAGCCGCCGUUCGUGCAGCGAACGUCCCUCCUGACUCAGGUGCACCAACGACAGCCUCGGAGGCUGCAGAGGACAUGGUAGCUACUGACAGAGGUGCUUCAGAAGCCAGUGAGACCUCGGAGGUGCUCGCUACGACUCGGGGCUUCAACAAAGGCCGUGAAGAUGCCACCGAAGGCUGUAGGAUCUGCACGUUCAACAAAACUGAGUCGCAGACUCGAUGUGCGAGCUGUACAUUGGACCGUGCCAGGGUCGUAAUUGACAAAGUCACCAGUGAUACUGUCAACGACGUUGCAAUCGGCGAAUCGUCUGCUACAACCGACGGUGUGGUUACUGCGACCGACACUGCGUCCAGUGUGACUGACUGUGCGACUACUGCGACCGAUCAGUUAUACUAUCCGAUAUCAGGAGAGUACUAUACUGGUCGGGACAUCACUGUUGACAGCAAGUUGGUCACCACCGUUGAGGUUUGGCAAGUGGCAUACCUCAAUAAUCGUCGCGACGGGCCAAUGGGAGUCGAGUACCAGGUGCUUUGGGGCCAUCCUGACAGAUCCUGCAAUAAGCUUUAUAUUCGCUCAUGGGAACCAAGAAGUAAGCUCAUGGAGGACGGCUUCGAAGAAGAGAUCGACCUCGUCGACCACUGGAAGGCCUUGGAACGAGCCUCAGAACUGGCAGGAAGACCGGAUAUCAUCACGCAACAGGAUACCGACCAGUUUGUCGACAAUGAGCUCGUUUGCUACGGACGUGACCUCAGGCAGGGUGCAAGAUGGAAGAUUGUACCUCGCUUUCUGGGUCGACUUCGGGAUGCUGGUCGCGACUUCGCCUACAACCAGAUUGCCACCAUAAACCAUGCGAUUCCAGGCCGGCGUGGUGCACAGGUUUUGGAAGAAAUCCCGAUUGACGACGGUAUCAACAUUGUCGGAGCCUACAAUCACCACCACAUCGGUCAUGCAGCAGUGCUGACUAUUCAAGGAACCAAGCACCUCAUCUACGACUUGAAGGAAGGUAAGCCGAUCUCGUCCGCGAAGCGGUGGAUGCAUUUCUGCGUCCGUUCAAGGUCUUUAAGUAGACGAUAG